AUGGGCUCCUCCAAACGUGGUCCCUUCAGUGGGCAUCGAAACAUUCCAAUAUCUUCCAACAUAUCCAAUCAUUUUGAUCCAUUUUACAUUGUAAAGCGAGUUUCUUCAAAUAACGAAACAUUUCAAACUGUUUCUCCCUUCCUUGUGCAAAAGGCUAUAACGGCAACAGUGGGAGAUGUUAAAUCCAUUCGUAAAAUGCGCUCUGGUGACUUGCUUGUUGAGGUGAAUUCCCGUAAGAAAGCCCAGCAGAUUCAAAAAUUAAAAGCACUGGGAAAUAUACCAAUAACUGUAAGUCCUCACCAGUCGUUGAAUACCUCUAAAGGUGUCAUUACCUGUGGGGAACUCUUAAAUGUCCCCAUAGAUAUAAUAAAAUCAGAAAUGAAACCGCAAGGAGUUAUAGAUGUCCGUCGCAUAACGAUACGGCGUAAUGGACAACUCCUUGAAACAAAACAUCACAUCUCAACGUUUCAGACACCCAAACUACCAGAAUUUGUUUACGCAGGUUAUAUACGACGCCCAGUAAGGCCGUACAUUCCGAACCCACUCAGAUGCUUUCAGUGCCAGUGGUUUGGCCAUUCUAAAGUAAAUUGCCGCGGGUCUUUAACAUGUGCCCGCUGUGCAGAAAAAGGGCAUGAUAGCCAGGAAUGUUCCGCACAGGAAAAGUGUGUGAACUGUAAAGGCGAUCACCCUUCUUUUUCUCGAUCAUGCCCUAGCUGGCAGCUUGAAAAACAAGUAAUCACAAUAAAAAUCAAAGAAGAUCUUUCAUAUCCCGAAGCCAGGCGUAGAGUUCAAGUACAAACUCCUAUUCCUGGUAAAAGUUACGCUUCUGCUGUCCAGAACACCUUUUGCGCAAAUUGUUCGUGUAGUAAUUGUGUAAAAUUUCACGCCGAUUCAAAGCCACCUGAAAAUAUUAGGAAUUCUGAUUCUGAACAUUCCAACAAUAGUACACUUGACAGACCUAAGAAAUCACAAAAGAAAUUGAAGAAAAAAUUGCAAAACUCGCUGACGUUGAAGUUAGCAAAACGCGGUAUUUCAAAACCGGAACUGCCUUCAAAAUUGAAAAAGUCAGCAGCUAAAAAUUCCGUCGCUUUGGGACUUGCGACGCAGGGUAUAGUCCACAAGGACUUGUCGUCAAUAUUUGGUGGCAUGCCCAAAAGUCCAGAUCGCCUUUCUCUCCAUCCAUCAGAUGAGGAUGAGGAUUUGCACAUGAGUUGUGAAGUUUCCGCAACUCUACCACAUGCACCUAUUAACUUACCUGCAAUCCCGAAUUCUUAA